AUGGGUCAAGAGCUGUGUGCAAAGACCCUGCAGCCAGGAUGCAGCUGCUACUGCUGUUCCGAGGGAGGCAAGGCACUCGGCUGCCGGAGGACUCAGCAGCCCGUGACGAUGGAGACUGCGCUGGAGCUAACAGACCUAAAAGAAGAGUCGCGCUCCAUGACUUCAUUUCACCCCAGGGGACUGCCUACCGCCCAGGCCCGGAAGUUCAAGAGUAAAAGGCCACGCAGUAACAGUGAUUCUUUUCAGGAAGAGGAUCUGAGGCAGAGUUUUCUGUGGAGAAAAAGCCUCCCUUUUGGGGCAGCCUCAUCCUACUUGAACUUGGAGAAGCUGGGUGAAGGCUCUUACGCUACAGUUUACAAGGGGAUUAGCAGGAUCAAUGGACACCUGGUGGCUUUGAAAGUCAUCAGCAUGAACACCGAGGAAGGAGUCCCUUUCACUGCCAUCAGGGAAGCUUCUCUCUUGAAGGGUUUGAAACAUGCCAAUAUUGUGCUUCUGCAUGACAUCAUUCACACCAAAGAGAGCCUGACAUUUGUUUUUGAGUACAUGCACACAGACCUGGCCCAGUACAUGUGUCAGCACCCAGGAGGGCUUCAUCCUCACAAUGUCAGGCUUUUCAUGUUUCAGCUUCUGCGGGGCCUGGCAUAUAUCCACCAGCAACACGUUCUGCACAGAGACCUGAAACCUCAGAACUUGCUCAUCAGUCACCUGGGAGAGCUCAAACUAGCUGAUUUUGGUCUUGCUCGCGCCAAGUCCAUUCCCAGCCAGACAUACUCUUCCGAAGUGGUGACUCUUUGGUACCGACCUCCAGAUGCUCUGCUGGGUGCCACCGAGUAUUCCUCUGAGCUGGACAUAUGGGGUGCAGGAUGCAUCUUCAUUGAAAUGUUCCAGGGUGAACCUCUGUUCCCUGGGGUUUCCAACAUCCUUGAACAACUGGAAAAGAUCUGGGAGGUGUUGGGAGUCCCUACAGAAGAUACCUGGCCUGGAGUCUCCAAGCUACCUAACUACAACCCAGAAUGGUUUCCAGCACCGAAACCUCAAAGCCUACAGACCAUCUGCGACAGGCUGGGCAAGGCACCAGAAGCGGAAGACCUGGCCUCCCAAAUGCUCAAGGGAUUUCCCCGAGACCGUGUCUCAGCCCAGGAAGCACUUGCACACGAUUAUUUCAGGGUGCUGCCCUCCCAGCUGUACCAGCUUCCUGAUGAGGAGUCUUUGUUUACAGUUUCAGGAGUGAGACUAAAGCCAGAAAUGUGUGACCUCUUGGUCUCCUACCAGAAAGGUCACCACCCAGCCGGGUUUAGCAAAUGCUGGUGAAAAGACA